CAUAAAUCCAAAAAUUCCAAAAAGGAAAAAAAGGCAAAGAAUAUGUCAUGGUUGGCUCGCUCGAUCGCCAAUUCUCUCCGUCUCGACGACGAUGAAUCGGACUCAGCAGCUGCCGACGACGACGUCGCAACACACACCUUGCCAUCAUCACCUCCGAGGGAAGAGAUUCAAAUCCAAGAAGCCGGAUCGACAUUGUUGUCCCCUGAGCAAGAAGCGGAGCUCCAUUCGCGAGGUGUAAAGGAAGACCUAACCGAAAUCAAGCAAACUCUGACGCGCCAGCUCUGGGGGGUGGCCAACUUCCUGGCUCCGCCUCCGAUGGAGCCUGAUCACCAAAUGAAUGAUCGGUUAUCGUCCGAUUUGAACGGAUCUCACCAUUCUGGAGAUAAAGAGGAAUCGGUGGCGGCGGGUGGGGGAAUCAGGGGCGAUUUUGCGGAUGUUGGUGAGAAGUUGUCGAAGAUGGCUUCGGAUUAUCUUCCAUUUGGAUCAAGGGAAAAUGAAGAAGAAAACGAGGAGGAGGAAGAAGAGGAAGAAGAGAAUGAGGAGUUUUGUGCAGUAGGGAUUACGAAUGAGGUAUUGACGUUUGCAAGCAAUAUUGCGCAUCAUCCAGAAACCUGGUUGGACUUCCCUCUCGACCCAGAUGAGGACUUAGACGAUUUUAUAAUGUCUGAUGCCCAGCGUGAGCAUGCUUUGAUUAUUGAACACCUUUCUCCUAGACUAGCGGCUUUGAGAAUUGAAUUAUGUCCCUGUCACAUGAGUGAGAGCUACUUUUGGAAAGUCUAUUUUGUUCUGUUGCAUUCGCGGCUCAACAAAGAGGAUGCGGAGAUUUUGUCUACACCCCAGGUAAUGGAAGCCAGAGCAAUGUGGAUGAAAGAACUUCAAAAUCAAAUGAAGCCAGAAACUGAUUGGUAUGGAAGAAGUGAUUCCUACUUAGGAGACAGUAGUAUUCUCCAUGAAGACCUUGUUCCUGCCCCAUCCAGCUAUUCUGCCUUUGAAACCGUGUCCCCUAGGACAUAUGCUUCUGAUCCAACUUCUAGCAUCACAACAGAAUAUGAGACUGAGAAGCACCCUGUUGAAAAUACAGAGAUGCAGUUUGUUGACAAGUCUGUUAUUGAGGAAAAACCGGUGUUGGCUGAGGAAAAAGUUUUGCUGGUUGGUCCAUCCUCUAAGAUAGUGCUUCCUAAUUUCGAAGAUGAUGAUGAUGAUUGGCCAGAAGAGGAAGGUUCAGAAUUUGGUGGGUGCAAAAGUGCUGCCUUUUUUGUGGGGAAUGAAGAGGAUAUUUCUUUCAGCGAUCUUGAGGAUGAUGAUGACAGUACCAUGCCUCUAAAACUGAAGACAGUCUCAAAGAAUGUUGAAACUUCUUAAAUGUGAAAAUUGCAAUUGGCUUCCGCAGUUCAGCCAGGCGCAAGCUCUGCUGAGUGGAGAAAAGUUGGAACAGAAUAGGCAUUUCACUUGAUGUUGAGAGCCUGAGAUAUGGAAACUGACAGCUAUAGCCUAAUCUCUCAGGUGCUGUGGUUGCAGGUUGUGAACGUGUCUCAGAAACUUAUUUGUAUAUGAUGGAUAGACAAGUGUUAAUAGAGUGAGAUUUGUUAAUUGAUUGUACAAGGAUUUUAUUCAACCAGAAUGGUCUAGUAAUUGCAAGAAACCUUACAAGGAGGAAGUUGGAAUCACAAUUCACAAUGGAGACCAUGAGAGCAAAUAUCUGAAUCAUUCUGCUUAUGACCUGUGGCUUGUGGAAUAUUGUAGACAAGGUUUGGUGGCAUCUCUAAGCCUAGAGAUUAAUCCUUGGAUUAUAGGAUGCAUGGACCUCAAAACGUUUUUCAAAGGAGUAUUAUUUAUUUUAUAUACCAUCAAAAAGAGAUUUUUUCUUUGAAUUAUAGAUUUCCUUAGAAGGAAGGUUUUGGUUAUUAUCAGAUUAUUUCUGUAAUCUUGUACACUUGUAUUAGUUUUCUUCUUCCUCUUAAACAAACCGGAUGUACUCUGAGUGGGUGAUUAUAUUGUAAAUUCAUACCACAGUAUUUGAAUGAAAUUAUGAAAAGAGU